GGGCGGGUGUCGAGGACCCCGGCCUCCUCAGAGGCGGUGGCGGCGGCGGCCCGUGCGGCGGCGAUGCUGUGGCCCCGGCUGGCGGCGGCCGAGUGGGCGGCGCUGGCCUGGGAGCUGCUGGGCGCCUCGGUGUUGCUGAUCGCUGUGCGCUGGCUGGUGCGCCGGCUGGAGAAGCGGCCACGGGGCCUGGGCCGGAUCGGAACCCCAGAUCCGCCGCCCCGCGCGGCCGCGGCCCCCGACGCAGGUGAAAUGACAAUGGAUGCCAUCUUGGCUCGGUUGAAACUCUUGAAACCGGAUGACCUUAGAGAAGAAAUUGUCAAAGCUGGAUUGAAAUGUGGACCCAUUACAUCAACCACAAGGUUCAUUUUUGAGAAGAGGUUGGCUCAGGUUUUACUAGAGCAGGGAGGUUCACUGCUUUCCUCUCUUCCUGACCACGACAAGACAGGUGCCAGAGCUCUGAGCCAAGACACACCAAGAAUUUUGAAGUCUGCUGUAGGGAACCUGACUGAGCAGGCCAAUUUUUCCGAAGAUAGAGAUUUUGGUUAUAGUGUAGGCUUGAAUCCUCCAGAGGAGGAUGCCGUGAUAUCUAAGACCUGCUCGGUACCCAUCAGUGCCACAGCUGGGGUAGACACCCGCAAAGCUGGAGUGACCGCCUCCAGGGAGCCGCCUCUGUACUAUGGGGUGUGCCCAGUGUAUGAGGAUGUCCCAGCGAGAAAUGAAAAGAUCCAUGUUUAUGAAGAUAAAAAGGAAGCAUUGCAAGCUGUCAAAAUGAUCAAAGGGUCCCGAUUUAAAGCUUUUUCAACCAGAGAAGAUGCUGAGAAAUUUGCUAGAGGCAUUUGUGAUUACUUCCCUUCUCCAAGCAAAACCUCCUUACCACUUUCUCCUGUGAAAAUAGCACCACUCUUUAGCAAUGGUGGGUUAAAAGAUGGUUUGUGCUUAUCUGAAUCAGAAACAGCAAACAAAGAGCGAGCGAACAGUUAUAAAAAUCCCCGAACUCAGGACCUUACUGCCAAGCUUCGAAAAGCUGUGGAGAAGGGAGAAGAAGACACCUUUUCCGAUCUUAUCUGGAGUAACCCCAGGUAUCUUAUUGGUUCAGGGGACAACCCAACCAUUGUACAGGAGGGAUGCAGGUACAACGUUAUGCAUGUUGCUGCCAAAGAAAAUCAGGCGUCUAUCUGCCAGCUGACUUUGGCGACUCUGGAAAAUCCUGAAUUUAUGCGGCUGAUGUACCCAGAUGAUGAUAUGGGCAUGCUGCAGAAACGCAUUUGUUACAUUGUUGACCUUUAUCUGAACACUCCUGACAAAAUGGGCUAUGACACACCGUUGCAUUUUGCUUGUAAGUUUGGGAAUGCAGAUGUGGUCAACAUCCUUUCUUCACACCCUUUGAUUGUAAAAAACCCAAGGAAUAAAUAUGAUAAAAUGCCUGAAGAUGUAAUUUGUGAAAGAAGCAAAAAUAAGUCUGUGGAACUGAAGGAGCGGAUUAGAGAAUAUUUACAGGGUCACUACUAUGUGCCACUUCUGAGAGCAGAAGACACUUCUUCUCCAGUCAUUGGGGAGCUGUGGUCUUCAGACCAGACAGCUGAGGCUUCUCACACUGGCCGCUUUGGAGGCAGCCCUAGAGACCCUGUGCUGACCCUGAGAGCUUUUGCAGGGCCUCUGAGUCCAUCCAAGGCAGAAGAUUUUCGCAAACUCUGGAAAACUCCACCUCGAGAGAAAGCAGGCUUCUUUCACAGUGUCAGGAAAUCUGACCCAGAAAGAGGCAUUGAGAGAGUGGGAAGGGAGCUAGCUCAUGAGCUAGGAUAUCCCUGGGUUGAAUACUGGGAAUUUCUGGGCUGUUUUGUUGAUCUGUCUUCCCAGGAGGGCCUGCAAAGACUAGAAGAAUAUCUUGCUCAGCACGAAAUGGGCAAAAAGUCUCAACAAGAAACAGGAGAAAAUGAAGCCUGCUGCCCAGAUAAAGCCUCCAGCUCUGGCAGUGGGAAGAAGUGCAGCAAUUCCAUUUCUGUGGGGGCGUUUCUAGAUGAAGAUGAUGACGUGAGCUUGGAAGAAAUUAAAAAUCGGCAAAAUACAGCUCGAAAUAAUAGCCAGCCCACAGUCAAUGCUUUCAGAGACUCAGGGAUCGGCGUCCUUCCCCUGGAGCAGAAGGCAGACUUUAUAGAAGCCGCAGACCCAAACAGUCCCCACAGCAACAGAAAUGGGUUCUUUAGUCCUCUGAGUCACAGCAAGAGCCCAGAUGGAAGGAGACCAAAGGCCCCCAGCGGGGAGGAAGCCUUUCUGUCACCUCUCUCUAAUUUGACUGUUGAAUUUGAUAAGCUGAAUUUGCAAAAUCUAGGCAGUAGCUUUUCCAAGACAUCAAAUAAAAAUUUUAUGAAAACUAAAGAUAAGAUCCUGACUUCAAGAACGGACACAUUAGAAAGUGACUUAACACCUUCUCCUCCUGCAGACAAACUUGGAAAUAACCGAAUAAGGACAGAAAGUGAAAUGUCAGCUGGAACUGCUAAAAUGUCUGUAGGUCCUAGCAGUUCUGGGCACAAGUCCUGGCCUGCGCUGGCUCCUGUGUCCUGCCCCAUCACGAGGGAACCUGCCAAGAGGCUCUUCCUUUUUGGAGAGGAGCCAUCAAAACUAGAUCGGGAUGUUUUGGCAGCUCUCGAAUGUGCAGAUAUCGAUCCUCAUCAGUAUCCAGCUGUCCACAGAUGGAGGAGCGCUGUCCUGUGCUACUCACCCUCAGACAGACAGAGUUGGCCAAGCCCUGCGCUGAAAGGAAAGUUCAAGUCUCAGCUGCGGGAUCUCAGUUGCCCUCCCAGCUGCAAUCAGGGGAGAAGUGAUCCUGCAAAGGGCAGCCCUGGGAAGCCUGGCCACGCCUCCUACUCCCCUGGCCUGGGCAGCCCUGGGCGCUACAGCCCCGCACAUGGGAGCCACUUCCGUCGGAUGGCGCACCUGACUGAGCUCGCUGACCUUUAGAGGCAUCACUCACGCCUUUACGUCUGGAGGGUCUGUACACGCAGAAGGUCAGUAUAGCACCGUGUGCAAAGGUGCCUGAGACAAAAUAACCUUGUUGAAGGCUGAUUUCUUCCUGGGAGUUAUAAAUGACUGCUCACACACAAGUGGUAUUCUGUGAACAUUUCCAGUGUUUAAUCCAAAAUAAACUGUACCAAUGCUUUUGCUAA